AAAAAAAAAAAAAAAAAAAAAAAAAUCCCGAUCCUCUUAAAAAAGUUGAAGAGUCAAACCUCUCGAGUUCUCUCUCUCUCAGAAGUAGAAGAAGAAGACGAUGAAGAAGGGAACGGUGUACUCAUGGGGAUCGGCGAUUAUAAUCUUCAUAGUUCUCAUGAUCGUCACUCCCACGAUUCCUCAAUCUCAGGCUUACCACGAUUUCGCCGAUCAACGCUCCUUCUUGUGGAUCCCAAAUACUCUCAACGUCAUUUCGAACUUCCCUUUCCUUAUCAUCGGCCUAAUUGGUCUCGUCCUCUGCUUUUUCCCUGGAAAUUACUUCAGAUUUAGUUUGCGUGGUGAAAGAAUAGGAUGGACUUGCUUUUACGCUGGUGUUGCUGCUGUUGCUUUUGGAUCUUCUUACUAUCAUCUUCACCCUAACGAUGAUACUCUCCUCUGGGAUCGUCUUCCUAUGACUAUUGCUUUCACAUCAAUCAUGGCUAUCUUUGUAAUCGAGAGGAUUGAUGAGCAUAAGGGUACUUACUCCAUUUUCCCUUUGCUUCUUGCUGGCCUUGUUAGCAUUUUCUAUUGGAGGUUUUUCGAUGACCUUAGACCAUAUGCUGUAGUACAGUUUGUUCCUUGCAUUGCCAUUCCGUUGAUGGCUAUUCUCUUGCCUCCAAUGUAUACUCAUUCUACGUAUUGGCUCUGGGCUGCAGGAUUCUAUCUCUUAGCCAAGGUUGAAGAAGCUGCGGAUAAGCCUAUCUAUAGCUGGACUCAUCAUAUUAUUAGUGGGCAUUCUCUGAAGCAUUUGUCCGCUGCUAUGGUCCCUGUCUUCCUUACCCUCAUGCUUGCAAAAAGAACCGUUCAAACCGAGAGGACUAGCUUGUAUAAAACAUGGAAGAUAUCAUGGGCAAGGAGUAAAGGGAAAGGAUCCGAGGAAGAGAGGUUUGAUCAUAGCUACUCCAACGUUGCAGCCGAAGAGACUCGAUAGAGGUUAUGCUGGUGACUCUUGUAUAAUGUAAGAUCUUUCUACUUUUGAUAGUUGUGUUUAAGAUUACUGGCUAAUAGAAUUAGUUUAUAGGAAGUACAGGUUGAUAAUCCGUCCAAUUGGAAAUUGAUGUUACACCCUUUCGUUUAUACUCAUGAGCUGUAAUCGAUCAUUCACAGUGCCCUUUUGUUUCCAAUC